ACUCGUUUCUAGCUACCUUCAGCUACCACAUUCAUUUGAUCCAUCCCGCGCAGUCACUCGUUUACAGUACAACACAGCCCGUACACUUAUACCGAUCAUAGAUCGAUAUAGCCAUUACAUUCAUUAGAGAAAGAAUCACGAAAGCAAGCCAUCAAAAUGCCUUACUAUAACGUAUCAUCGUCGGCACUUUUCCCCUCGUACCACACAGCUUCGUCCUUUCACACAUCCAUCUCAUCGGCUCACCACACGUCGACCUACCACACGUUGACCCCGUCGCAUCACAUGACAACCCCGUUAUACCACACUUCGGCUCCAGUGACCCACCCCACCUAUCACCACUCAGACCCGGUGAAGCCAACGGCUAUGUCGGCGGUCACGGAGACACUGUAUACUACUAUAUAUGAGACAGUGCUCCCGGCUGCUUGUGAGACUAGCUCAUGGAUGGCCACUUACACGAUUACUGAGACAGUUACUGGUAAGAAGGAAGAGUACAAGACUCACGACAAGCCCCCGGGAUUUGUCGUCACCACUGUGUCUUGCCCUGCUUGCAAGCCUACGGAGAUUGAAAUCACUUGCCCCGGCGCUCAGCCCACUGCUUCUGGGGAGCCAAAGCCUACGGUGCACAUCACCGGCAACGGUGUCACUGCUACGAUCACUGCAUACCCGACUAACCCUCCAAUGACCAAGAGCAAGAGCAUCGAAAUGGAAACCAAAACCAAGGAGAUGGAGGGCAAGCCUAAAGAUGCGGAGGGUAAGACUAAGGAAGUUGAGAGCAAGCCCAAAGAAUCACAGACCAAGGCCACGGAAAUGGAAAGCAAGACUAUGGAAAAGGAGACCAAGACCAAGACCAAGGAAACCGAAGUCAUCCACUACAGUACACCCACAGCCACUAUGGUGAACAGCAACUACCCAACCAGUACUCCGUCUUCGCAGCCCAGCCCAUGCUCUGGUUCGGGUUCUUGCCCUGGCUCAAGCGCCGGGCUUCGCCCAAUUCCCAGUGUCGUGCCCAGCAGUGGUCCAGGAUGCUCCGGCUCAGCAUGUGCUAGGCCUAGCUCUAACGGCACCACCGGCACCACCGGCACAACCAGCACUCCGUCGCAGAUUGUCACAGCUGGGGCGCCGUCACUCAAGAAUGCCUUUGCCGUUUUCUCAGGCCUGGCUUUCGUCGCUGGACACUUCUUCCUUCUGUAAACAUGGGGGGGGGGGGGGGGUUAGUAAAUCGACCCGGGCAUUUCUUUUUGAGUGGAACCUGAACUUUUUUUUUUCUUGGGGACGAUGCCUCAUACUUCCUGGAUAUGGUUUCUUUUUCAUGGUGGCUUGUGCGUUUUCUUUCUCUACGAAUCUUUGGUUAUAUAGUUCUAAAUGGCGGGAAGUUUGGAGUACACAUGUGGAUUUAGGUUGUAUACGCGGUGUUUUAAUUGAUUUAUGAUAAUCCUACUCUACAUGAUUAUAUCUGCCUCGUUCUUUGAGUAUCGUAGAUGUGAGAUUAUCAUGUGUCGAUAUUGAGC